AAAACAAGAUUUUAUAAAUAAAUUAAACAGUUGCUUAUGAUUUGAUGCUAUUUUUGUAAAUUACACUUUUAUAUUCAGCUAAAACAUUUCUAGUAGUAUAUAUUAUAUUUUUGAAAACAAAUUGUAACCUUUUCAACAAUGGUCAAAUCAAAGAAUAAAAACACCGACAACAAAAACAUAAUUAUAGGCACCAGAAAGCGUAAUAAAAAAGUUGUUUUUGAUCCUUCUGAUAACAACUUACCAAAGCGCAGAAGAAGCAGUGCUGUGAAAUCAAACGAUUCCAUAAAUUUACAAGAUGUAGAAUAUUCCACAAAACUGUCAAAAUCCAAUUCGUUUGAUGAAGACAGUAGUCAUACAGCACGAACUGAAAACAUUGAGGUGACAGCCGGGGUUUGUUCUGUUUGUAGAAAGCAAAAGAACGAUAAAUUCAUCUCAUGCUGUGACUGUUGUAAUAGAGCUCAUGUGAGUUGCUUGGACACAAACAUCGGCAUCCUUAGAAUGCGCCCUGACAAGACGUGGCAGUGCCCUUAUUGUAAAAUUUGUGUCAUUUGUGAAGAGACUGCAGAUUCGGGUGUUUUGACUGUGUGCAAAACAUGCUCAGACGCCUAUCACGCACAAUGUCACACACCAAAGAUAAAAGCUUCUUUAUCAGCAUCCCCUGAUUGGAUUUGUCGCAAUUGUAAAGGCACCUCAGCAGACUUUGAUUACACGAGGUAUGGUGUUAUGAAACUCCAAAAAGUUGUAAACACCGUUAACAAAAAGACUAUAAAGGAUAAGAAGCCAAUAGUCAAAUGCAAUAUUAAAACCGAGAACAGUUUCGAAGAAGAUGUUAAGUGCAAUAAAGAUAAUGUGAAAUUGGAGAAGCCAAAGGAGGAGGAAAUUAAAUUUGUUGAUAUAAAAAUUGAAAAUUUAAGUCCAGAACAAGAUGUUGAUCCAGAUAUUGAUGAGAAUAUUCCUGAUGUAACAAACUGGACAAGUGAUGAAGUUUGUGAAUAUUUUACAAAUUAUUUCCCAGAAGAUGCUUUCACAUUCAAAGAAGAGGAUAUUGAUGGAUUAGCAAUAUUGCUCAUAGACCGUGAAACUGUGAUAGAACAUUUGAAUAUGAAUCUGGGGACAGCUCUGAAAGUGUGGAGACACAUCGUGUUGCUGCAAGAACGCAAAGAAAAUUUCAGCAGAGUAUAUCUUUGAAUGAUAAAUCAGACUGAUAAUUUGUAUUUUAUAUAAAUGAAAGCAAAGAAUUGUACAUAUUAUUUAUGAUAGAUAGUUAAAUCAAAUGCGACUGAAUAAGAAGUUUUUUACUUAGCAAAAAUGUAUAAGGAUAUCAGUUGUAAAUUGUGGUAAUUAGUAUUCAUUACCUAAAAAGAUUUCAAAAUGUU